AUGUCCGAUUGGCUGAGAAGCCCACAGAAAAUGUUAAUAUUGAACUUUAUCCGCAGCUUUAAUACGGCUACGAAGAGUGCAAACAUUAAAUUGUCGAAGGCGAAUGUUAUAAAACGUUUAAACUAUGAGAACAAAGCGCUGUUUGGAGCAGUAGUAAAACCGGCCAAAAACGAACCAAAACCCGUGCAAGUGAAUAAAGAAGCUAAGCCGCAUGCACAGGCUGCUGAAACGGAGUAUUCAUCCGAGAUAUACUGGCAAACGCGCAAUGUGUCACGGGUAAUCCCCAUCUCAAAUGUAUUGGUUGAAAGUACUGGCGUAUCACCAGGGCUGGUGAUUCCAUUUACAGAGAUGGAACUACAACGCAUCACUAAGUUCCCGAUCGUUCCAAGUGCUAAUGGAAUCAUUGAUAAAGAAUGGAUACUUCAUGAGCAAUACGAAAGUGAAGAGUACAAAUCACCCUCGGUUAAUCGGGUACUAUCGGCAACCCUGCCGGAAGCAUCAAGACAGGCACUGUUACGAUGGAAAGCAACUAAAAUCGCUGAGCUGGGUGAAGCAGGAUUUCAACAGCUGCAAAAGGACAUAUUCACACGUGGAAGCACAUUGCAUAGUACGCUGGAGACAUGGUUAUCUGGUUGUGAUCCUUCAGAUGAAAUGGUUGAGAAAACUGGUGAACUGUGGAAAAGUGUUCGUGGGGCACUUGAGGAAGUUGAACGACCAGCGAAGAUGAUUGAACAGAAGCUAUAUCAUCCCUAUCUACACUACAACGGCGUAGUGGACUGCAUUACGUCAAUAAAAGGCCAAUAUCAUGUCAUAGAAUGGAAAACGUCGGAAAAUCCGAAGACAAGCGUUGGAGCUACCUACGAUGCACCGAUACAAUUAUGUGCGUACAUGGGAGCGCUGCAGGCAAACAAAGGCCUGUGUGAUUCACGCAUACAACGUGGAGCGAUAUUUGUUGCAUAUACAAGUGGAAAACCGGCAAAUGUUCACAUUCUUGAUGGCGAUAAAAUGCGGCUUUAUUGGCAGCUAUGGUUGCAUCGCUUGCAAGAAUAUUGGACGCGUUACAGGGAUGGCACUUUACCAGAUCCGAUUUAA